AUGGUGUCAGCAGUGAUAUUAGGCCUUCUGCUCCUAAUUCCAAUCAUCCUGAUUCCGCGCUUCAAAGGAUGGCCCAAAUCAGUCCAAUCCCCUACCAAACUUCUCCGCCUAUGGCGCCAGCGCCCCAAACAAUCCAGCGAAAUCGUCUCGCUGCGCAUGUACCCCAUAAAAUCCUGUAGAGGCCUAGAAGUCCAAUCAACGGUCCUUAAACAGCAUGGUCUUGACCUUGACCGCCGCUGGAUGCUCAUUGACGCAUCCUCAAAUACGUUUCUAACCAUCCGCCAAAUCCCCGACAUGACCCGCAUUCGCACCGCGAUAAGUGCCGACGGCGACGAGUUGGUCGUGAGUAUACCGAAACCCGAAAUCAACAAACCCAGCCAAUACCAAGGCCAAGACCAUCAUUUUCAUACCAUCCGCAUCCCUUCCCAUCCAUCACCGCAAUGGCUAGCGGCAAAUACAAAUACGGGCCCCGUCCACAUCUGGGACACAGAGACAGACGGGUACAGGUACAACAAGGAAAUCAACGCUCCCUUCUCUGCUUUCCUGCGCCGCGACGUCGCUCUCGUCUACAAGGGCCCGGCUCCGCGCGUGCUGAAGGGUAACGGCGCCCCCCGCUACCUAGGCCGCGUCCAAACAACCGGCUUUGCGGACGUGCAUCCGGUGUUGAUUGCGUCGGAGGCUUCGCUGGCAGAGCUCAAUGUUCGUCUGGUAAGGGUGGGCGUCGACCCGAUUACUGUCGAGCGGUUCCGUCCGAAUAUCGUUGUUCGCGGCGGGGCGCCGUGGAGUGAGGAUUCGUGGAAGUUGGUUCGCAUUACUGGUCGAAAUGCUAGCGGUACUUUUAUUGGUUCCGCUGGUAGCGGAGAGGCUGUUAUUCAGUCUCCGCUUGACCUGGAUAUUGUGGCUCGCUGUGCGCGCUGCCAGGUGCCUAAUGUUGAUCCAGAUACGGCGCUCAAGAAUAAGAAGGAGCCGUGGGAUACACUUGUUUCGUACCGUAGGGUGGAUGAGGGGAUUAGGUAUAAGCCUUGUUUUGGUAUGUUGAGUGCGCCGCGUAAUGAGGGGGCUAUUGAGGUUGGGAUGAGGUUGGAGGUUUUGGAAGAGACGAAUGAGCAUCGAUAUAUUACUGGCUUUUAG